AUGGACCCAGAUACCCCUCCACCCGCGGAGCAGCCCGGCGUGCUCAAUUACCUUCUUAGCUUUCUGCUAGUCGGCUUAGCAUGGGGAUUUACAACACCCUUUAUCCGCCGCGCGGCAGUCGAUUUCAAUGCGAGGAAUGAAGCUAAACAGAAUGUUAAUCAGUCUGAUACGAGACACGGCGAGCAAUCAUUCCUCUCAGUUCCAUGGAUAAAGGAGAAAAUUUUCUCUGUAUUCUGGACGGUAGUGAAUCUACUGCGCACUCCGGCAUAUUCGGUUCCCUUACUGAUUAAUUUGACGGGGAGCGUGUGGUUUUUCUUACUGGUUGGAAAGCAUGAGUUCAGUCUUACAGUCCCAAUAACAAAUUCGACUGCAUUCUUAUUUACGGUCCUCGGGGAGUGGUACGUUGAAGGCAAGGUGAUAUCAAAAGAAACUUGGUUAGGGAUGAUCUUGGUCCUUGGUGGAAUUGCUCUAUGUGUGCAAUCCAAACUCUGA